GUUUGCCCAGGACGGGAAGGCCCCAUCUUCUUUGGGGAUGAGCAGCACGGCUUUGUAUUCAGCCAUACUUUCUUCAUCAAGGACAGCUUGGCCCGUGGUUUUCAGCGUUGGUACAGCAUAAUCACUAUUAUGAUGGACCGCAUCUACCUCAUCAACUCGUGGCCUUUCCUCCUGGGGAAGAUCAGAGGGAUUAUUGACGAGCUGCAGGGAAAAGCCCUAAAGGUCUUCGAAGCAGAGCAGUAUGGAUGCCCACAGCGCGCCCAACGGAUGAACACGGCCUUCACACCUUUUCUGCACCAGCGGAAUGGAAACGCGGCUCGUUCUCUCACCUCCUUGACCAACGACGAGAACCUUUGGGCAUGUCUCCAUACGUCCUUUGCUUGGCUUCUGAAGGCCUGUGGGAGCAGACUCACAGAGAAGCUACUGGAAGGAGCACCGACAGAGGACACUCUGGUUCAAAUGGAGAAACUAGCAGAUCUUGAGGAAGAAUCAGAAGGCUGGGAUAACUCUGAGGAGGAGGGAGAGGGUAAAUUCCCAAACCAAGCAGAUGUUAGAGAAGGCCGCGAACUAGUCAAGAGCCCAACAGAUUCCUCUCUCAUGGUAGACUGUGGGAACUGGAAUGUACAAUCCAGAAAUCAGUCUGUUUUCCGAUCGCUUCGGCACUUGAGACAGGUUCUGGGUCCAUCAGCUUUCCGUAUGUUGGCAUGGCAUGUGCUCAUGGGAAACCAGGUUAUCUGGAAAGCAAGGGAUGCAGACCUCGUCCAGUCUGCUUUUGAUGUCCUUCGGACAAUGCUGCCUGUGGGCUGUGUUCGAAUCAUUGCCUACAGUGACAAAUACGAGGAGGCUUAUCGGUGUAACUUUCUAGGUCUCAGCCCCCAUGUGCAGAUCCCAUCUCACAUACUGUCAUCUGAAUUUGCUGUUCUUGUGGAGGUCCGUGCUGCUACGCGGUCAAGCCUCUACCCUGUCUUAUUUGACGACGAGCAGGCUCUCAGCAAAUACGAAUUUGUGGUCACCAGUGGGAGCCCUGUGGCUGCAGACAGAGCUGGACCCACCAUCCUGAACAAGAUCGAAGCUGCCCUCUCAAACCAGAACCUUUCUGUAGAGGUGGUGGACCAAUGCCUUGUCUGCCUCAAAGAGGAGUGGAUGAAUAAAGUGAAAGUCCUCUUCAAAUUCACCAAAGUGGACAGCAGGCCCAAAGAGGACACCCAGAAGUUGCUGAGCAUUUUGGGCGCCGCCGAAGAGGACAACGUGAAGCUCUUGAAAUUCUGGAUGACAGGCCUGAGCAAAACCUACAAGUCACAUCUGAUGUCAACGGUUCGGAGCCCGACUUCUUCGGAGUCUCGAAACUAGCCUGGAAAUCCUUUGGCCCCUCUUGGAUAAUUUCUUGACAUUUGCAUCUGUGAACUUCACAUGGAACGGAGCAGCACGGACAUUCUGCUAGUCCAGUUUUAAUGAAAAAUGAGUGGGACCGAGAUGACAAGAGGAAAAGGACUCCUCUUGGGUUUGUUGUUAUCUGCAUGGAAGGCUUAGCUUUUCUCCAUUAUUGCACUGGUUUUUAUCUGGUUGGGGACCCGUCAUCUUCCUGCUGAUGAUCAUUAGGAAAUCCACAUCUAUUGAUUUACCGCCACUAACCGGCUUUUUUUUUUAUCUGUUGUUUUACAGAGUACUUUUUAAGGAAGCCUCAAGGCAUAACAGAUAUUGCCAAUCUUUUCUCCUUUGAUACCCAUGUACGACCAUAAUACACCUGUGUUGAGGGCAUACCUUGUUUAGUACCUGAUCGAACAUGUUGCAAGAAUUUGUCUCCGAAUUACGCUGUGGCUGGAUUAACAUUUUAAAAUAUAUCUACCUAGACAAGUAUAUGAAUGUACUUGUCUCCUGUGGGAGAAGAUUUCUUUAAGGAAAAAUACCUUUCCCUGUUGUCGAUUUCAGUAUAUUUAUAGAGAAUAUUUAUGAUUCAGCUUGCAAAGCAGUAAAGGAAUUUUCUUCUCCUUUUGCAUACAGUAUUUUUAGUGUUUUGGAUAAAAAUUACGGUUUGGCCAUUCAGUAAAAUACUAUUGGUUGUCUAGUAAUAACACCUCUUAUUUUAAGCAAUGCCACUCUCAGGAUGAUACAUUGAAAUAACUACAUUUUUCAAAGGAUUGUACUAAUAGAAAAAUAUUGGACUUCUCUGUGACAAGGAUUUCUUAAAUAUGCAAAAUACUCAGCAGUGGAUUUUUCAGUCUGUAUUGCAAAUUUAAGGGAAAAGACCAAGGUUAUAUUUGUCAAAGGAAAACGAAUAAACUCUGACUUAGUUUCAUUGAAA